AUGGAAUUCGUCGAUCUCGUUAUUGUCGGAGCAGGAUGGUCUGGUCUCUCCGCCCUCAAAACCUACCACGAGGUGCACCCCACCGCCCGCAUCCUCCUGCUGGAUAGCGCCACCACCGUCGGCGGCGUCUGGGCCGCCCACCGGCUCUACCAGGGCCUCAAAACCAACAACAUGCUGGGCACCUACGAAUACAGUGACUUCCCCAUGGACAGCGCCACCUUCGGGGUGAAGCCGGGCGAAUAUAUCCCGGGACACGUGGUACACAAGUACCUGAAUGCCUACGUGGACCACUUCAACAUCCGGGACCUGAUCCGCCUCGAGACGAAGGUCGAGGUCGUCGAGCACGUCGACGAUAAUGACGGGGGUUGGACACUCACCACCAGCACAUCCCCCUUCUCUUCAUCUUCGGACGAAGCCCAAAGGAAGAUAAUUCGUACAAAGAAGCUGUUGCUAGCAACAGGAAUGACCUCCGAGCCUUUCCUCCCACACCUCCCAGGACAAGAAACCUACCCCCACAUCAUCACCCACACCGGCACUCUCCUCCCCCACCAGACCACCCUCUUCCAAAAAGACAAAAAGGUAACCAUCUACGGCGGGACCAAAUCCGCCUGGGACGCCGUGCACGCCGCCGCGACGUCCGGUGCCAACGUCACAUGGAUCAUCCGCUCAACUGGCCACGGGCCGGUGUGGAUGACUCCGCCGUACGUAACGCCCUUGAAGAAAUGGUUCGAGAAGCUGCUCACCACGCGGCUGUUGACCUGGUUCUCGCCGUGUAUCUGGGGCGAUGCGGACGGGUGUUCACGAAUUCGGAAGUUUCUGCAUGGUACCUGGCUCGGUCGGAAGAUCGUGAAUGCGUACUGGGCGGUGCUGGAGAAUGACCUGUUGACACUAAACAACUACGACGGCCAUGAGGAGACGAAGAAGUUGAAGCCGUGGUUCAGUUGCUUUUGGAUUGCUAGUGGACUGAGUAUUCUGAACUAUGAGGAAGAUUUCUACUCCCUAGUUAAGGAGGGGAAGGUACGGUUGGUGAUUGAUGAUAUUGUGAAACUUACCGAAGAUGGGGGUAUUCACUUGGGUAAGUCCGGGGAGGUUAUUCAGAGCGAGGGGUUGAUUUGUGCUACCGGGUGGAAAGCCCAACCCAAUAUGGAGUUCAGACCCGCGGGCAUUGAGAGCGAGUUGGGGUUCCCGUGGGCGGAGGAUUACUUGAGUACGCCGAUGGUGAAGAGGGCGGAUCAGGAGAUUUUGACGCGGUUCCCGAAGCUGCGCGAGAGUAUGAGUGUCGGUGUCAAUGGGAAGGAGGAUUAUCAACAUCUGGCUCCUGGGGCACCGGCUACUGCGAAGCAUCCGUUCCGGUUGGUGCGGUUUAUGGUGCCGGCGGCGUUUCUGAAGGAGAGGUCGGUGGCGGUGCUGGGGACGACGAUGACGGUGAAUACGCCGCUGAUUGCGCAGGUGCAGGCGCUGUGGGUGGCGGCGUUUAUGGGGGAUGGGAUUGGGGUGAAGGCGAGGGAGACGUGUCCGGUGGAGGUGAAGAAGGGGUUGAUGGAGGAUGAAGUGGAUGGGGAUGUGGUGUGGGAGAUGGCGCUGCAUACGCAGUUCGGGAAGUAUCGGUGUCCUGGGGGGUUUGGGAAGAGAAACCCUGAUUUCGUGUUUGACACGUUGCCGUAUAUUGAUCUGUUGUUGCAGGAUAUGGGACUGGAUUGGCGACGGAAGGGCAGUUUGAAGUGGUUGGAGCCGUAUGGGAUGGAGGAUUAUCGGGGGUUGGUGGAGGAGUGGUUGAAAUGA